CCCUCUCUCCUUCCUUCCCACGCCAAACCAACUUCCUCCUCCUCCAUCCUUCUCAUGGCUCUUUAAAUGCUCCUUCACCCACUUCGGUGGAUGUUGCAGUCGCUCCUCCACCCCUUCCAACCUUCUCUCUCUCUCCAAGGCACGCUCAAGAACACGCAGAGAGAGAGAGAGAGAGAGAGAGAGAGAGAAGCGAAGAAACCCUUUGUGUUUGCCCGUUUCUUGAUUCAUUCCUUCGUGGGGUUGUCGCUUGUUGCUUAUAUAUUGUCGUCGGGGGCGUGCGGUCCGUGCGGUUCGUGCGGACGAUGAGUGCUGGCGAGGGAGAGAUGGUUGUUUGGAGGAGGAAGUCGGGAAGUGAGGCCAUGGAUCAUCGAAAGCUCGGCGCCGGGUGCUGCUCUGAUGAUGAUGACUGUGCGGUCGUCAAGAACGGAGAGAAGAAGGCGGCUCCUGGGAGCCCGAAGAAGGCGAGGCGGUACGCGCUGGUGUCAUUCUGGGAGCUGCCGGAGUACAUGAAGGACAACGAGUUCAUCCUCCACCACUACCGCGCCAACUGGCCGCUGGCCGAGGCCGCCCUCAGCUUGUUCCGUUGGCACAAUGAGACGGUCAACGUUUGGACGCAUUUGAUUGGGUUUCUGGUGUUUCUGGGAUUGACGGUGGCCAAUUUUGUGGACGUGCCUCAGGUUGCUGAUCUUCUCGGCCUAUUCUCAAGGUCAAACUCUACCAGUGCAGGAAAUAAUAUCUCUUACUCAAAGGAAUUGCUUUUGGGUACAAAUUCUUUGUUGAACUUGAAUCAGAUAACAGAAGAAGAUUUGAAGAUCGCUUCUCUCCAACCAGCCGCAACACGGUGGCCGUUCUUUGUCUUCUUAGGCGGAUCCAUGUUCUGCCUCCUCUCAAGCAGCAUUUGCCACCUUUUCUCAUGCCACUCACACUGCUUGAACAUCCAGCUGCUGCGGAUGGACUAUGUCGGCAUCACGGUCAUGAUCAUCACCUCAUUCUUCCCCCCAAUCUACUAUAUUUUCCAGUGCGAGCCCCAUUGGCAACUGAUCUACCUUAGCGGAAUAACGGCAAUGGGGAUGUUCACUGUCGCGACACUGCUUGCCCCUUCUCUUUCUUCUGGGAAAUUCCGGGCAUUUCGGGCAAUGCUCUUCUUGUCCAUGGGGUUUUUUGGCAUUGUUCCCGCGAUCCAUGCCUGUAUUGUGAAUUGGAGUAAUCCCCAGCGCCCGAUCACGCUUGCUUAUGAGUUGGCCAUGGCACUGUCUUACAUUACAGGUACUUUGUUUUAUGUUAGCAGGAUUCCCGAGAGACUAAAACCGGGUUGGUUCGACCUUGCUGGUCACAGCCAUCAGAUAUUUCACGUUUUUGUGAUCAUGGGUGCCUUGGCUCAUUAUGGUGCUACUCUGUUGCUCUUACAGUGGCGAGAUAGAGUCGGGUGUGAUAGAACUGUGUAACAAUACAAAAAUUAGUCAAAAUUCGAUUCAUUUCGAUUGAACCGAAUGCAAGCGAUUUGCUGGAGUUUCGUGUUAUUAUGUUGUUAGUGUGUGCACACCCCAAAUCAAAAAGCCUCAAGGAGAGAUGGCGUUCCAUGACAGAGGAGAUGCCUCCAUUCAUUACGAAGUGGAAUGCUCAUUGUAUUUGUUAUAUUUUUCUCAUUUUCCAUGGACGAUUUGAUUUACAACGUGAUCAUAUUCGGGUAAUAAUCUUUUCUGCUUUCAUCUUA